AUAUUACCUUCAGUCGAUCACUUGGACUAGAAGCGCAAAAGUCUACCUGUUAACUCACAAUUUAAUUUAAAAAAAUGUCUUCUAUCGGAAUAUUAUCAGCCCUUGCUACUGUGGCCAGGAACGAGAACAUUCAAGUGACGGUUAAGGAAGCAGGCCAAGGAGCUGCAAUUUGUGCUGCCACUACCCUAAUCGGUGGCCUAUUGAUGGGUCCCAGGGGAUUGGCGCUGGGUGGAGCAAUUGGAGGUCUAGCUGCCUAUGGAAUGGCAGAAGAUUUCAAGUCCCUGGCGGAUGUUAUUUCCGAAGACUUGUCGGAAAGUGAACGCAACGAAUUGAAGGAACAUGUGAUCGAGGCUGUCACCAAUAUCACAUCGGUUGAUAUUCGUGAGCUGGGAUGGCUAAUCCUGACGAAUACCACUGUUCAGAACCUUGCCAUGAAUGCGGUGAAAUCUUUUGCUUCCGAUCGUCUGGGCCAUACCAUUAUUGAUUAAUUGCGUUUUUUACAUUUCAUUGUAU